AAAGGGGGUGGUGGAGCUACUGUCGCGCGAAGAUCAGGGAGAGGCUGCGCGGUACAACCUCGUGAAGUUGAUCCAGAACCUGGCCGUUGAGCCAGGGCUGCUCCAGAGGAUCGUCUUCGUCGACGGCGUCCGGCAGCUCACGCGGCUGCUCGCGAGGAGGAGCAGUGCGCGCGCGGGUGUGGAUCGUGACGAUCCGGGCGAGGAUGAUCUCGCAGGCGCGAUCGUCGAGUGCCUGUGGGCGAUGAUCCAGCGCGAGAGCGGCGGCAGCAAAUUUGCAGUCUACCAGGCCGUGAGAUCUGGGCUCGUCGCUUGCUUGCUCUUGCCCGGGAUGGCCUACGGCGGUGAGCUGCUGCUGGCGGAGUGCCUGAGAAGCGAUGCCGGAGGAAUGUGGCUGGAAGAGCCCGCGAAUUUGGAGCUUCUUCGAGCAGCGCGAGCGAAGAACCCUAAAAAAUGUUUUGAGGAGCCCUAGAUUCCUUUGUUCGUUUUGCCCUUUUCAAAAGGUCUUUUUCGAGGAAGCUUCUUCCCUGAAAGACGAUCGCGGAUCGCCUCGGCACAGGCGAACACCUGCCGCAAAGAGGAGCACGAUUCCUCCUUAUCCCCGGUUUUACGAUUUUAGGGCUCUGCGUUUAGGUCUUAGCGAGAGCGAGCGGAGCGAGCGAGCGAUUGAUCUGCGGAUCUUUUCUCCCCGGGCGCGUCGCGUGAAGAAAUCAAUCAUGGCAGCAGCUGAGGUUUCGCCCUCGCGCAAGCAGCUCUUUCACAAGCGGAGCAUGGAUUGCGUCCUGAGCAUGGACAGUGUGGCGCCGUCGCUACGCGAGCAGCUCCGCCACACCUACAGCGCCAACAACGUCCUCUCGCCGCGAAGAAAAUCUGCCGACAUCCGCCUCGUCGCCCGCCACGCCGACGUCUACGAGCCCUGCGACGACUCCUUCGCGCUGGUGGACGCCCUCCUCGCCGACCGCUCCCACCUUGCGGAGCUCCAGCCCAAGCUGUGCAUGGAGAUUGGCUGUGGCAGUGGGUACGUGAUUUCCUCCCUGGCUUUGAUGCUGCGCGACGAAGUUGAGUCGUCCCAAUACGUUGCCACAGAUAUCAACCAGGCCGCCACCGAGACGACGCUCGAGACGCUCAAGGCGCACGGCGUCUCGGCGGACGUCGUGCGCACCGAUCUCGUCUCGGGCCUCGAGAGGCGGCUGGCCGGCAGCGUAGACCUGCUGGUUUUCAAUCCUCCAUACGUCCCCACACCCGAGGACGAAGUUGGAGCUCCGGGGAUCACAGGGACUUGGGCCGGGGGUGAUCGAGGCAGGGUGGUGAUCGACCGGCUCUUGGGCGUGGUGGACGGGAUCAUCUCCAGCCGGGGCUGCUUCUACCUGGUCACGCUCACCGCCAACAAUCCGGGAGAGAUCUGCCGGAUAAUGCAGAGCAAGGGAUUCGCGUCCCGGAUCGCGGUGCAGCGCCACACCGAGGAGGAGAGCUUGCACGUCCUCAAGUUUUGGAGGAGGAAUUCACAGGGGAGUUCGUCGUCUUCGUCUUCCUCGUCCGUGGUGGCAGCGGGUUCCUCCUCCUCCUCCUCGCCCUCCAUGGACUCAAGCACGAAUUUCUCGUCGCCGCUGAUGUGCUUGCCGCAGAAGAUCUCUCGCCUCGCGUUUUGGAAAUGACAAGAACAAGCCAAGGAGGAGGAAGGAGAAGAGUUGAUCUCCUUCUUUUGUAUGUAAAUUUUGUAUAGAAGCUCUCUCCUUUGUGGUGUUAAGCAUAAUGCGCUAAUCUAAACUGAUGGCUUGAUUUGCUUAA